AUGCAGCCGGUGGACGCCAAGGCCGCCACCCCGCCCACGGACCCGCGCCCGACCCUCCCUUUGACGGCGUCGCGGGGGGAUUCGCAGGAGGCCGACCGCGAGGCCCCAGGCGGCGCGCUCGUGGAGCGGCCGCUGCGGCUGACCUGGCGCCUCUUCGAGGCCUCCCCGACGCUCCCGGCGAUGGUGCGGCUUCAAGAAAUCGAACGCCCCGUGACGCGGUGGGUCUGUGGGCGUUGCCGCGGCCAGCGGGCGGAGCCCGUCGACCCGUUCCCGAGCGCUUGCCCCCACUGCGGCGAAAUCGCCCAAACGCGCGAGUCGUUUUACGUCGUGUUGCACCUCAGCGACACGAUCGAUUGGGCCUGCGCCGUCGGCCACACGGCGGUGGGGGAAUCGCUUUUUGGCAUGUCCGAAUCGUCCUUUAUCGCCCAGAAACAAAAUAAUGAGGGUUUUAUGAAGGCGGCCUGCGACGGCCUCGUUGGGGCGCCGAUCGCGGUUUGGCUCCUGGUCGCUCCGAACGAAAAGCUGAUACUGGUGGGGUGUCGCCCGAUCAACUUGAAUUUUUCCUCGACCGUAUUACUCUCCGCGAUUCACACACUAUUGGAGGGGUGA